GAAAGAAACAUGAGGGCAGUAGCUUCAACAGGAAGCCUUUCCCUGCCUUUAAAUGACUUGCUGCAUUCAGCAAAACAAUAUGUAUGGAAAGCAACAGCGAACUAUGUUGAGUGGUAUUGGUCCCAUGCCCAUCAAUCCUGGUCCCGACCUUGUUUGCCGCAUGGCAGCUCGCUCGUUUGCUCAGGUGAAACCUCGUAGUAUGUUGAUAUGCCUGUCCGGUAACGAAGAGCCUCAUGAUACUGAUAGUCCCUGACCUUCUGCCUGUCGCUUUGAACAGGGCAUGGCUACCAUGGCGUGGAUGAAGACGCUUGCUGCUGCUCAUUCAAACGGAUGUUGAUGUGCAAUUAUUUUUGAUCUUCACGAUGAUGACUACAAUCCCCUUAGUGUCUCAAGUAUGAAUAUGCGAGCUCUGUACAAGACAGCUCUCCUUUGUAAGGAU